CCCGGCCAAGAUGGCGGCGCCCACCGGUACCGACGGCGAUGGCGUCCCUGCCCGGUACUGCCUGGUGAGCGGCAUCCCGGCCGCGCUCCGCUCCGCACAGCUCCGCGCCUACUUCAGCCAGUUCCUGGAGGCCGGCGGCUUCCUCUGCUUCCACUAUCGGCACCGGCCCGAGCGCCCGCCAGCGGGCGGCGGCGGCGGGGCCUCGGCGCCGCGCACCUGCUCCUGCCUGGUGUCCGUGCGGCCCGGCCGCGCCCGCCGCUUCGUCCGCAUGUACUCGGGCAAGCGCUGGGUCGGGCCCGGCGGCGCCUCGCUGCCCGGCCGCUGCCUCAUCCGCAGAGUCCGCCUGAGCCCCGCGACAGGCCCCGAGGUGGCUCCCAGCAGCCAGGACAGGGCGGCUGCUGGGGAAUCUGUCACCGAGGCCGAGCUGAGGCGCCUGCCCGAGUUCAACCCCCCUUCCUUCAUGCCCUUUGGGAACGUGGGCACGCCCCUGAGCGUGUUCCUGGAGCUGAUCCGGGCCUGCAGGCUGCCCCCCCUCGUGAUUAAGAAGCUGCAGCUGGAUUUCCCAAGGACUGGCUCAUCCCGCAGGUAUGGGAAUGUGCCCUUCCAGUACCAGAACACCGAGACGGUUGCUGAGGAAGAAAGAGUUUACACAGCUGCAGGGGAUGAGAUCAUGGAGGGAGAGGAGCCCAUGACUCAGCCAGCCCAGCCCGAGGAGGAUGAGGAGGAGCAGGGGAGGGAGGAAGAGGAGUCACACUCUGAUGAUGACAAUGACACGUGUGAGGAGUGGGAGAGGCACGAGGCCCUGCACGAGGACGUGACGCAGCAGCAGCGGGAGCGGGAGCGGCUCUUCGAGGAGGAGAUCGAGCUCAAGUGGGAGAAGGGCGGCUCUGGCCUCGUGUUCUACACUGAUGCCCAGUUCUGGCAGGAGCAGGAUGGAGACUUUGACGAGCAGACAGCCGACGACUGGGACGUGGACAUGAGCAUCUACUAUGACAAAGAUGGAGGGGAUAAGGAUGCUCGGGACUCAGUGCAGAUGUGGCUGGAGCAGCGGCUGCGGGAUGGGCUGGAGGAUGGAGCUGUGCCAGGGCAGCACAUUGGCACCUUUGAGAGACACACCAAGGUGAGAGGGACACCUGCUCAGGGCAGGGCUGUGCCAGGGCAGCACAUUGGCACCUUUGAGAGACACACCAAGGGCUUUGGCAGGAAGGUCCUGGAGCAGCAGGGCUGGACAGAGGGGCUGGGCCUGGGGAGCAGCAACUCUGGGAUGGCCGAAGCUCUGGACAACGAGGGUCAGCACCCCCGGUGCAAGAGGGGGCUGGGCUACCACGGGGAGAAGCUGCCAACUUUCAUCAGGAGGAAGAAGCCCCGUGGGGACACUUCUGUUGUCAUCUCCACCAUCUACGACGACCCUGAGCCCCAGGACAUGGGUGACCAGCUGCUCAGGCGCCAGCCCCCCACGGCCAUGAAGUACAGGCAGGACAUGGCCUUUGUCCGAGCGUCCCACCCUGCCCUGGGCAGCCUCAGGGCCCAGCCACACUGAGCAGGGACUGUCACUGCCUCUGUCCUGCCCCCCAGUCCAGGCUGGCUCCUGGUCUGAGUGUCAGGCAGGGUGUUUAUAUAUUUAUUUUUAGUAAAAAUACACGUUUGUAAUAAAAAUUGCCACACAAUUGGGGUUUUUUCCCCACUGAUUGUA